AUGCCUUGCCCGCAAGCUCUUCGCAACCUUACGGGCACCGUUAUCGACGGCAACCUUGAGCUCGUCAGCGUGCUGGGAGAAGGGUCGUAUGGGAUGGUGUACCAGGCCCGCGUUACCGAUGCCCCGAACCAGUACUUGGCAGUUAAGUGCAUGUGGCGCUCCCGGCGUCGAACACCGCAAGCCCGCCUGCAGGCGAAGGAGCUCCGCAACCAUAAGGCGGUCUCGAAACACCAAGGGGUCAUCACCCUCCACUGCCAGAUCGUCACCGACGACUUCGUGUUCAUCGUGCUCGACUUGGCGGAGACGGACUUGUACAAAGUGAUUGCGUCUGGGCGGGUUUUCUGCCACCGGCCGUACCGGGUCAGGCAGGCGAUGAACAGCAUGCUGAAUGCGCUGUCUUACAUGCACCGCAAGGGCGUGUUUCACCGGGACAUCACGCCGGAAAAUGUGCUCUGCGACCGCAUGCUCAACGGCGUGGACAUCCGCUUUGCUGACUUUGGGCUGUCCACCCCGCGGGCCUUCUCGAGCCGCCAUGGGUGCGGGUCGCUGCCGUAUAUGUCCCCAGAGGCGCUUGACUACGACCAUCCCUCCGCCCGCUCGGGCUACUCUACCAUAUCGAGCGACCUCUGGGCCCUCGCGAUCAUCUUCUGCGCGCUCGUGUCGGGCGACCUGCCCUGGGCCCGCGCGCACCCGAGCGACCGGGCGUAUGCGCUUUUCCUCGCAGACGAGGACUAUCUGCUCGGGCACCACAAAGUGCCGAUGACUGCCAUGCAGAGCCACUCUCAACUCGGGUCCUUCUUCUUUCCUUUUCCACUCGGAUCGAAACACUCUUCGGACGCGAAAGCUUAA